GCUGUGUCUACAUGGAACGAAAGGCACCAGGUCUUCCUUCCCACCCGAACCAGUCCACCUCGACGCGCCGAAGCAAGAUCUCGAAACCCCACGGUUCUGACCCUUCUCUCUCCCGGCUCCUUCCUCCUCCGUGUCAUCAACUCGUGAUCAAACCGCUGCUUUCCAACUUCCAAGCCAUCAAGGCAGCAAAGACCCGUCCCUCCCCUUCGUCUCCGCACGCGGCGGGCGCCUCGCCACUCGUGCAGUGCAACCCAAAAGGCCAAGAUGAGGAGCGGCAGCGGCGGCGGCCCGGCCGGGAGGCGGAGCGAACCCGGCGGCAGCGGGGACCUGUCUUGCUUCUCCGUGGACACCACGGCGUCGUCCGCCUCUGCGCGCUCCGUCAAUAGCGGCCGCGGGAUCUCCUUCCUGGACGCCUUCCGCUCCUGCUUCGUCCCCCCGGAGGCGCGCUCGCCGGAGACAUCCUUGUCCGACGACUUCCACCCCUCCCACCAACUCUCACAGUCAGUAAGUUCACAUGGUUCUAGCAGUGGAAGCACUUUUGGGAGCAAGCCAUCAGGUAGAGGACUGUACAGUCCCAUGCACAGGAAUUCUUCAGAUAAAGAGAUCCCUGGCCGCACAAAUUUCUCCUUGACAGAGAUCCAGAAAGCAACCAAGAACUUCUCGCCAAACUUGAAGAUUGGGCAGGGUGGUUCUGGGACUGUAUACAAGGGUCAGCUCGCUGAUGGUUCUCUCAUCGCCGUCAAACGGGCCAAGAAGAAUGUGUAUGACAAGCAUAUGGGUCGUGAGUUCCGGAACGAGAUUGAGACAUUGCAACGCAUUGAGCACCUGAAUUUGGUUAGGUUUCUUGGGUACUUGGAGUUUGGUGGUGAGCAGUUGAUAAUUGUUGAGUAUGUUCCCAAUGGGAAUCUUCGAGAGCACCUUGAGUGUCUGAAUGGUAAACUUCUGGAAUUCUCACUGAGAUUGGAUAUUGCAAUUGAUGUGGCUCAUGCUAUUACAUAUCUUCAUACCUACUCAGACCAUCCAGUCAUCCAUAGGGACAUCAAAUCCUCAAACAUUCUACUAACAAACAAUUGUCGAGCCAAGGUUGCUGACUUUGGAUUCGCCAAACUUGCUCCAACUGAUGCUAGCCAUGUUUCUACCCAAGUCAAAGGAACAGCAGGCUAUCUUGAUCCAGAAUAUCUCAGAACGUACCAACUCAAUGAGAAGAGUGACGUCUAUUCCUUUGGAGUCCUGCUGGUGGAGUUAGUUACUGGGAGGCGCCCUAUAGAGCCAAAGAGGGCAAUCAUUGAGCGUGUUACCGCAAAAUGGGCAAUGGAGAAUUUUGUGAAGGGCAAUGCUAUCCAGACACUGGAUCCAAAUCUGGAGGCAACGGACGCAAUCAACCUGGCAGUCGAAAAGAUGUACGAGCUUGCUCUGCAAUGCUUAGCUCCGACAAAGAGGAACCGACCGAGCAUGAGGCGCUGCGCAGAGAUCCUUUGGAGCAUACGCAAAGAUUACAGGGAGUUGGUUGUACCAACCUCGGCAAUGAACUGAAGCAGCUCAUCUGGAGUAAUCAAAAGAAAAGGUGCGCUCCAGUUUGCCUAUCUUCAAAGCUUGGCGCUAUAGAGCACCCAAUUGCUGGGAUUCUUUCAGUUACGCUGUAAGUAGUUGUGACUGGGACUGAUGGCCUUCUUAGAUGUUGCGUGUAUACUAGCUACCAACCAGAGAGGGUUUCUUAAAGUCUUCCUACGCAGUGUGCGUAAACGGUUGCUGUGAGCAAAUAGACAUGAAUAUGAGUAUAUAAUGGUGUGUGUAUCUCGUAGGUUUUUUUGGUACUGGUAGAUGUAUUUCCCACGAAGUAAAUGCAUAUUCUGUAUGAUGAACAAUAUUCAGUAUCUGUAUUUUAUUUGCCUGGUGUUCAUUC